AUGUCAUCAGACCGUCGAUCUUUUGACUAUCCAUUCCAUCUCGACGUUCAGACGAGGUGGAGCGAUAAUGACCAGUGCGUACAGCCAUGCCUUCACUACACCACCAGCUGACGCCAGCAAGCGCCCCUGCCCCACCAUCACAGGUAUGGCCACAUGAAUAACAGCGCCUACUACUACGUUUCCGACAGCGCCAUCAACGCCUACUUGGUCCAGAGCUGCGGCAUAAUGCCAUUCCUUGAGGGUGAUGCCGCGAACAAUGUCCGAGCCGAUUCUGCGGCGAGUCUGAUUGGCCUCAUUGUCUCCUCGUGAGUGUGUCUGUCUCCUACACCGCAUCAUUUCUCAUCCAACUCACCCUGUUGCAUCUCUGCAAGCUCCGCAACGUACCACGCCCCCGCAUCAUUCCCCUCCAAGCUGCGAGCAGGCGUCCGCGUGCUGCACCUCGGCAAUAGCAGCUGCCAAUACGAAGUGGGCAUCUUUAGCCUACCUUCGACAGCCUCUGCUCUACCGCAAGACGCACAAGCAGCUGUGCUGAUCCGCGCAACGCACGUUUUCGUCGCAAGAGACUCCAGGAGACCGGUGAAGCUCAUGCCCGAAGAGCUGCGGCAAGGAUUGCUGAAGCUCAAGAACGAAAGAUGGGCCGAGCAGCAGCAAACCGCAAAAUUGUGA